GCUUGUCUGCUUUCACCAGACCUGCUUUCACGUUGUAGCAGUCCGCAGGUCUGGUUGCCUGUCUGUCAGCAGUAUGACUCGUUAUUCGCGGAAAAAGACGCACAAGGGCUACACUGCGUCGCACAAGAGGGACAAGACGAAGCGCAGGACGAAAGAUCUCGACCAGAUUCACGUCGACAUGCAGCCGGAGCAGGCCGAAAGGCUUCUCAACCAGGAGGUGGACUACGACAUGCCCGGGGAGGCGCAGUUCUACUGCCUGCACUGCGCGAGGUACUUCAUGGACAAGAACUCUCUGAAUGACCACCUGAAAAGCAAGAACCACAAGCGAAGAUUGAAGGCCUUGGAAGAGGAGCCAUACAGCCAAACCGAAGCUGAAGCCGCAGCGGGCAUGGGAAAUUACGUUCCUCCCAAGAGGCGUAAAGUGGAAUCGCAGCCGCCAAAAGAAUAGAAUCUGUGCAUGAAUGCUACUGAUGUUCCAGAUG